AUGUGUUCGCUUUUCAAAUUUUACUUAGGAUUCGUGGUUGUACUAACUUCAUGGGAAGAAGAGGAAAUUGGAUUCAAAAACAAAUUAAAGGAACACGACUACGCACCAUGGGGCUACCCCGACUUUCAAAUGGAGGCAUUAAACAAGCUGGAGCAUCUCGUAGAAUUGGCGUUUAUGGUAAAAGCAAAAGUGGAAGAAGUUAGAGGGUAUAGUCAAGAAGGGAUGUUUGCCAUCGUUAUUCGACGCGUUCCAGAUUCUACUUCGUUUCCAUUGUUUCCAUACAGUCACCUUGAAAAAAGUUUUCGAUGGAUAUGUUAA